AUGGCAUUUACCGCCGAGCCUUACGACCCAGUCACGGCGGCGACGUGGCUGUUCUGCGUGACGUGCGGCACUCAGUUCCCUACAGCGGACCGGGCUGCCGUCAAGAGCUGCCAUAUAUGCGAUGACCCGCGGCAGUUCGUGCCCGCGUCGGGGCAGUCGUUUACCACGCUGGGAGACGUGCGGAAGACGCACCAGAACGAGUUCACGCCGUGUGAAUCGGAUGCGCGGAUCACCUUCAUAGCGACGGUGCCGAAGCUGAGCAUCGGACAGCGAGCUAUGUUGAUACAAACGCCGGCUGGAAACAUCCUCUGGGAUUGCAUUUCGUUGUUGGACGACGAGACCAUCGCCAAGAUUGAGGCUCUCGGCGGCUUGAAGGCCAUCGUCAUCAGCCACCCGCAUUUUUACAGCACGCAUGUGCAAUGGGCCAGGGCCUUCAAGUGCCCCGUGUACUUGGCGUCCGAGGACAAAUCAUGGACGACGAUGGAUUCGGGACACCAGGUACUCCUUACGGAAACGGAGACGGAGAUUCAAGGGACCGGGGUCAAGGCCAUCAAGCUGGGCGGGCACUUCCCCGGAUCCAUGGUCAUGCUCUUCGACAGGCAUCUGCUCAUCGCCGACACGCUCAUGACGACCUUUUCCGGCGUUGGCAAGUGGGACACGGACGCGCUGGGCGCCACGCGCGAGCGGCCGCCGGGGCUCAACUCGUUCUCGUUCCUCUACAGCAUCCCCAACUUCAUCCCGCUGAGCGUGCAGGAGAUGGCGCGCAUGUGGGAGACGCUGCGGCGGUAUGACUUCCAGGAGACGCAUGGGGGGUUUGCGGGCAUGGAUAUUGUGGAUGCGAGCGUGAAGCACCGGGUGCUGGAUAGUAUGCACAUCCAAGCGCAGCACAUGGGAUAUGGAGAACACGAGUUUAUGAAGGUAAAGCUGUAG